AUGAUUGAAUAUUUACAAUUGGGAACUACUGUAGCGACCAUAUCAUUAAGCAUUGCACUUGGAACACUAACGAUAAUAUCUAACCAAAGCAAUGUUUAUCAUUUAAUAUUAACAAUCAGUUCAUUCAUUAUUCCAUUAUAUUCAAUUAUUCCCAUCAUUUAUUCUAAUGUUAUAACUAUAUCCAUACAACUAAUAUUUUCGAUUUUCAAUAUAAUAUCUGGUAUAUUAUUCAUAAUCAAUGUUCCUCAUAAGCAACUUUAUUAUAUUCCAAUCACAAUUAUAUUUAUUGUCAAUUUGGUGUUUCUUAUAGCCUCAUUUAUAAUGUUACUACUGUGGGUGAUAAUACUGAAAACAGGGUUAACUAAUUCACUCGAAGAAUCAGAAAUUUAUCUGAAUGAUUUGAUUUCCAAAAAGACUUCUGAAGCAACUUUAUACAAUACUAACCCUGCUGCUAUCAACAAUAUCAAACCAUCUUCAGAAUAUUCUAUGGAAAAUGAUUGGAUCAAUUCCAAAGAUAAAAUAACCCUUGCUUUACCUCCAAAUGCAACACCAAUAAAUUGUGAUUUCAGUUAUUAUUUGGGAAGUAAUGCCAAUUCAAUACAGGGAGAAUUAGAUAAUGAAAGAAGUAUACUUAUGGUCAAUUUAGAGGAUCAAGAUACCAAGGCCAAUCAACAUUUGAGACGACAACGAUGGAAAUCUAUCCAUGAUGAGAAGAUUAUGAUUGCCAAUUUAAAUCAAAAUUUAUUGCCUGGUGUUCUUAAACAAAAUAUUCCUGAUGAUUACAACAACACUUUAACUGGGUUAGAAAAUAUACCUUCUAGCACGAAUAUAACUAACGCACUAGUAAAAAAUGACGGCACACCAACAAAUAUACCCGAAAUCAAUAUGGAAGAACUCAACAAUUUGCAACAAAUAUCAGGUUACAAUAUUGUUGAUGGGAGUUCCAAUUUAGUUGAUGGAUCACGAUUAUUUGAUAAGAAGACCGUCAGCAACAAUGAAGUUUAUCAAGCAGAAUAUUUGUUGCCUCCAAAAGAAGUUGUUGAAAAUAUUGACCAAUUAAGUGAUAUUACUUCUAAGAGACCUUCAAUUCUGAAUCGGAGUUUCAGUGAACCUUCACUAUAUGAAAAUGGGGCACCCUCACUAUACACUUUCAGGAAAUUAAGUAGUCCUAAAGCUAACAUUACUCCAGUAUCUACAAACCUUGAAGAGGAACUUCAAACCAAACUUGCACCUGAACCAAAGACACCACCACCUCAACAACAACAACAACAACAAUCUAGAUCUAGACAGCAAUCAACAAGAACAUCACCUAUAAGGAAAUUCCUACACGACAGUAGUCCUAAACGAGUUUUCAAAUCUAGAUCAGUAGUUGUUCCAAGUUUCCAUAAACAUUCAAACUCAACGAUUUCCAACACAAUGUCUUUAAAAUCUUCAUUUUCAUCUUCUAGGUCAACGUCACCGAAAAAAUUGAAAUCAAUACUCAAAUUACAUAAACAUAGCACCAGUGUGCCUAAUUUCCAAUUCCAUGACCAUUCUUGGAGUCAUUCACACCCACAUCAGCCACAACAUUCAUGGUAUUUUGAUAAAUAUAGUUUCCAUUCAAGUCAUCCUCUGAAAGUGAUUACUGAACCUAUUGAUCUAUGGGAUAUUCAAACAACAAAUUUUGAUAUUAAUGAUGUAUAUGAAAUACAACCAGUAUCACUAGCACAGCCACCAGCAAUUGUAUCAUCAUCAUCAUCGCAACCAAAAGUAAAAGGUGGUAAAACAAAAGAAAUAAACAACGAAGAUGAAGAUGAAGAUGAAGACGAAGAUGAUCAUCAUAAGACAAAUCAAGAGUCCAGAAUAAGUAGCUUACCUAGUCAAGUAUUUGGUGAAUAUGAUAAAGAAAAAUGGGAUACAUUGAAAACAUUGGGAAAUGAAAAUUCCCAUACAGUAGUUGUAUAG